GUUCACGGGACGGCCGCAGGCCAGUUAGCAGCUAUGGAACAGACGAAAACUCCUGCGUCCCGGCUACUCAGCACGAGUUGCAUAGAGAAUAAGGACGACUUGGAAGAGAAAUUUGAAAGAUGUUACAUGGUACUUCAAAACUUGACUACAGGACUCUCAGAAAAAGAAGCCCACGAUACAUUGAACAAUGCUGUGUGUAAGGACAAGAUACACGAAGAAGUUUCAUUGGGGUUGUUGAUGGUUAUUCUGACAGAUCCUCAAAGUGCUGCAAAAAGUUAUAGAGACUUGACAUUAAUUACAAGAGACGGUCUUGGUAUAGUGUUAGGCCAUCUUAAUCAAUUAGUACUUGAAAGAUACCUGAGACUAAAUGAUGUGACCAAAAAUCAAUUGUUAUGGCUGUUGAAGGAAAUGAUAAGGACCAGUGUAUCUAGUGUGGAUAAUUUUUGUUUAAGUUUAUUAAGGCAUGCAGCUGGUGGAGAUAUAUCACCACGAAAUUUGUUUCUAGUUGAUGCACUUUUAGACAUCUUUCAAGAGAAUCGACCUUGGCUGGAUAAGUUUCCUUUUUUAGUAGCAUCCGUUGUUUACACGUAUUUAAGACUAAUAGAAGAUCAUAAUGCACCUCAUCUAUCUGGUUUACGUCAAAAAGAAGUUAACUUCACUGUGUCCUUAAUAAAAGAACGUAUGGUUGACUGUAUGGCCAUUGGAAGGGAUUUGGUACGCUUAUUACAAAAUGUAGCACGGAUAUCUGAGUUUGAAGGGCUGUGGAAAGACGUACUUUACAAUCCGAAAUCUCUUUGUCCAACGUUUACUGGUGUCCUUCAACUUCUACAAACUAGAACUUCUAGAAGGUUUUUACAAUCUAGACUUACACCGGAUAUGGAAAGGAAAUUAGUAUUUUUGACCAGUCAAGUGCGUUUUGGUAAUCAUAAACGAUACCAAGAUUGGUUUCAAAGGCAGUACCUGGCUACACCAGAAUCACAAUCUUUGAGAUGUGACCUUAUAAGGUUUAUCGUUGGUGUUAUUCAUCCAACAAACGAAUUGCUGUGUUCAGACAUUAUACCACGAUGGGCGGUAAUAGGAUGGUUAUUUACAACUUGUACAUCAACAGUGGCGGCUAGUAACGCCAAGCUGGCUUUAUUUUACGAUUGGUUGUUUUUUGAACCUGAGAAAGAUAAUAUUAUGAACAUUGAACCCGCUAUUCUCGUCAUGCACAACUCUAUGAGAUCCCAUCCACCAGUCACUGCCACGUUAUUAGACUUCUUAUGCAGAAUAAUACCAAAUUUCUAUCCACCUUUGACGGAGAAGGUUAGAAAUGGAAUUUUUUCAUCGUUGAGACAAAUUUUGGAAAAACGAGUUCUGCCAAGUCUCUAUCCGUUAUUUGACAGUCCCAAAUUGGAUCGCGAAUUGAGGAGCAAAAUAAGGGAAACGUUUAAAGAGUUCUGCUUACCACCUAAUGUAGAUCCUGGUAAAAUGGAAGAUCUUCAUAAGGAUCUUACGUCUGGAGCUACAUUGGAAAACACAGUAAUUACAGCAGUCGAGAAUAAUCACGUAAAUCAAGAUCCAGAACCAGCUUUCAGUGAUGAAGAAGAAGAAAUGCCAUUAAGAAUACGAGUUGAAGAGGAAGAUGAAGAAGAUGUUCCAUUAGCAAAUGUGAAAUUGAAAAACGAACAAAAAAAUGCAAAUUGUGUUGUGAAGAAAGAAGAUAUCACAUCCCAGUUAAAUUUAAUUUUAGAACCAGAGGAGUUAAGGACUGCUGUAGAAAGUUUGCACAGUGAAACAGAUAAUGAAGUGAGGUGUCAAAUGAUGGAGAGGAUAGUACAAAUGGUUGUAGAAGAUGAAAUAGACGCGGAAACUAUAUCGGCAUUGGCUUCUUGCAUAUCAACUAUCUUAUCCUCACAAAUUACAUCCCAAAUAUUUCCAUCAGAUAACUUGAAUGAAGAAGCCUUGACUGAUAGUAUAAGCACGCCGUUGUUUGUUAUGUUUCGAAAUCAGUUUCAGUUGUGUAAAGAAGAGGACAAUAGGCGGAAACUGUUAGCUAGGGUACUUGCAGAGAUGCAGAAUGUUCAACCAAGGAUAGGUUACCUGUUACUUUAUUUUUUGAAAGUCUGGGGCAGAGAAGAAGAGAAGCGGGAAGGUGAACCAAGCAAUGUGCUAAACGAUGUUAAAGCAUCGGUAUAUAAAGAUUUUUGUGCACAUCGAGAGAAAAAAUUGGAUGCGUGUUUAGUAUCGGAUUUAAAACUCUGCCAUGAAGACAACAUAUUUAUGCUAUGUUAUCUUGUGCCUGAUGUAUAUAUGGGAUUUCAAAAUGUGACUCUUGGAAAUGUUCAGUUACUGCAUUUGGUCGUGUCGACUGUUGAUGCAUGCCAAUUACAAGAAUUAGUAUGUCAAAUAAUGCAAGGACAUUUAAAAAUGCUGAAGAAGGAAUCGUUUACGUCGUUGUUGACGGCAAGCUUAAAUUGGGAAACGUUCGAACAAUAUUGUUUUUGGCAACUUAUCUUUGCCCAUGACUUCCCAAUCGAUUAUGUACUGCCUGUUUUACCUAAAUUACAAUUUCGCGAUCACGCAGAAGCGUUGACAUCGAUACUGUUUAUGCUUAAGCAAGAAAAGCCAACGUUGGAACUUCUGCGACAACUCCUAGCACGACAAAACGUGGACGGAGACAUGUUUGUUGUAGCGGCAUUACGUUAUUGGUGUCGCGAUUACGAAGAAAAGUUAGGAGAAUUACUCGCGAAUCUUUUGAGUACUCGUUACCCUGCUACAAGCCCAAACAAACGGAAACGAUCUGGCGCUAAACACAAUCAACAACCUGGCCCGCCUACUGGCGAACAAGUUCUCGGCCACUUGGAUCAGUUGCGACAACAUUGCACAUCAUCCGCCGAAUUGCAACUUUACCAUUCUGAAGGAAUGCAAAGAGCACUGCAACAAGCACAAGCAGCCAGUAGCGAUUCGCUAAGAAAGAGUUACGGAGAUUUGUUCGCUCUCGCAGAAGUUAAUGAAGAGAAUGAACCUCCACCACCUCCGCCGACAAGUUCAGCGCGAAAGCAUGCGGCGGCAUCGGCUGGUGGUGGAGGUGCUGGUAGUAAAGGAGGUCAGAGGAAAACUGGUGCUAAUACGAGGGAAAGGUCUAGUUCCAAAAGGCCGCCACCUCGCGUAUCGUAUCAAAUCGACAGUACAUCCAGUAGCGAGGAAGAAGGACUCGUGAAUGUAAAGCAAGCAAAAAAGAGAAAAAAGUUUAAUCCAGUGGGCUCCGACAGCGACUGA